AUGCCAUCCCAACGACCCUUCUUCCUCUCCACCUUCUUCGCCUCCUUCCGCCAGCAGUCUCCCUCCGCGACGACGCUUUCACCACAACAGCCCAACAAGCACUCCACACAGACGUCAUCAUCGUCGUCAUAUGCAACUCAAUCCGCCGCUUCAGCACCCCGAGCCAUCUCGUCGAAUGCAUCGCCGAGUAGCGGAGCAGGCACCGCCACCGCCAACUCGGCGACACGCCCGUCAUCAGGCGUCAUGAACCAGUACCCACUACACUCCCCGCGAGGCGGCAUCCCGAUCCCCGGCGGCUCGAACCGACGGCGCGGCAGCGACAGUAGCAGCGAAGGGUUCCGCGACGUCUUGGGUGCCGAUAAGUGGUAUAUCGGCGGACGGACCGCCGCUGGCGAAGAGAAGUUCUUCAAGCUCGGUGUCGUCCGACGCGUGCGCAGCAACGAUGGCCUCAGUCUGGACAGGCUGAGUUUAUAG